AUGCCAAUACCCAAGAAUGCAGCUUGGGUAAUCAGGAAAAUUCUGGAUUCAAGGAAUCUCAUAGGGGAUGUUCAGGGUAUUCAAGGCAACCUUUUGAGCAGGCUGGAUCAAUUACAAAAUGGCAAUUCCUUCAGCAUUAGGAAGCUAUAUCGGCUACAAUUCCCCCAACUACCUAAGGUUCCAUGGAAAGGUAUUGUGCUGCAGCCAAGAAUGCACCCCAGAUUUAAAUUCAUUCUAUGGUUAGCACUACAAAGAAGAUUAGUUACAGUUGAUAGACUACUGAAGUUUGGUGUUCGAAUAGCUCAACAAUGUGCACUCUGUAAGCUAGCUGAUGAAACUUUUGACCAUUUAUUCUUUGAAUGCUCUGUGACAAAUGAAGUGUGGUCGAGACUGUUGAUAUGGUUAGGACAUUGCAGACCUGUUCAAAAUUGGCAAAGUGAGGUGGAAUGGAUAAGUCACUAUGCUACAAAAAAGAGUGGACACUGGAAAAUUGUUACUUGUGUAUUUGGCAUGAUGGUUUAUACCAUAUGGAGAGAAAGGAACAAAGUUCGAUUCCAGGGAGGUGCAGUAAAUGUGAACAGUGUAUGCAGAGAAGUAACAAUUCAUAUACACAUUAGAGGGCAGGAAAUACAACACUGGCAUGGAGCUCUUAGAACACUCAAUGGGUACCCAUAA